AUGUCGAAGGUUUCCCGUGAUGCUCUCAAUGAGGCUGUAGCCGAUGUCCUCAAGGGAGCUCAAGAGAAGAAGAGGAAGUUUCGUGAAACAGUGGAACUCCAAAUCGGCCUCAAGAACUACGAUCCCCAGAAGGACAAGCGUUUCAGCGGCGCCGUCAGGCUGAAGAGUGUCCCUCGACCGGCCAUGAAAGUCUGCGUCUUCGGAGAUCAGCAUCAUUUGGAUGAAGCUAAUGCGAACGGAAUUCCAUGCAUGAGCGCUGAUGACCUUAAGAAGUUGAACAAGAACAAGAAGCUGAUCAAGAAACUUGCUAAAAGUUAUGAUGCAUUCCUUGCUUCUGAGUCCCUUAUCAAGCAGAUUCCUCGUAUCAUUGGACCUGGUCUCAACAAAGCCGGUAAAUUCCCUUCUGUUGUUUCUCAUGGAGAGCCACUCUCACAAAAGGUUGAGGAAAUCAAGGCAACUGUCAAAUUCCAGAUGAAGAAGGUACUUUGCCUUUCUGUGGCAGUGGGACAUGUUGAAAUGACUCAAGAGGAGCUUGUAUCUAACAUUUCUCUGUCAAUCAACUUCCUUGUGUCUUUGUUGAAGAAAAACUGGCAGAACGUCCGCUCGUUGAACAUCAAAUCCACCAUGGGCAAGGCUCAACGUCUUUAUUAA